CUCUUAGCCUCAAUUUUCUCAAAAAUCAUAACCCUCUUGUCCUUUUUUCUCUCUCCAAUCCCCAAUUUCCUUAACCCUAACGCAACCCAUAACGCUCGCGCGCUUCAAACCGCCAAAUUUCCCUUGGGAUUUCAUGUGUUUCUGUUUCCGUUUCGUGAUUUUAUUUGUUUCGCCGUUGAAGAAUCGUAUCGAUCUUUGGUGUUUUCAUCUCCCGACGGUGGUUUCCGGGAUCUCGAUUGCUGCUUUGACGAAUGGUGCUGUUUUGAGGAUCUGAUCUCUCGCCGCUGCUGGGUCGAUUUUGUGAAGAUAAGAUUUUCUGAUUCUGUUAGGUUUUUGUUUUCUGAUCGGGUUGAAGACUCUUCCGUGGUGGUUGCUUGCUUGCUCUUCUGUGGGGGAUUUAAGGGUUUUUGUUUAUCUCCCUUUUGAGUUAUCUGUUCCUUGACGAGCUUCUCGAUUAAGGGAAUCUCUACUGUUGCUUCUGCGAUCUACGGAGCUCCAUUGAGAUUGAGAGGAGAUCUUUAUCGUCUUUGUGGUUUCGACUGAAAUCCAUUGAGAUUUAUUGUACUUUUGCCAGACGAGAAUAACGGGAAUUUCAGCGAACGAAGUUUGUAGAAGCCCUCUUUUUCGCAGUUCGAUUUGUUCGAUCCCGGUUUUGUUGAAGGGAGAAGUGUUUGAUCUUUUGUAUUGUUUCAUUCGAUUUGUUCGAGUUAAAUAUAAGGCCCCUUUUUCUGAAGGCCUUUGAACUUUUUUUCUUUCUACACAUUCCUAAUAUUCAUUGCUUUGUUCCCUUCGCUUUAUUAUAUUAUUUUUGAAAAAAAAAAAUACUAUGGCGGUGUAUUAUAAAUUUAAGAGUGCAAGAGAUUAUGAUUCAAUUGCUAUGGACGGUCCUUUCAUCUCAGUUGGUACUUUGAAAGAAAAAAUAUUUGAAUCGAAGCACUUGGGAAGGGGCACUGAUUUUGAUCUUGUGGUCACCAACGCCCAGACUAAUGAAGAAUAUCUUGAUGAAGCAAUGUUGAUCCCAAAGAAUACUUCAGUUUUAAUUCGCCGUGUUCCUGGAAGACCUCGUUUACCCAUUGUUACUAAACAAGAGCCUAAAGUUGAAAGUGAAGUUGAAGAUAUGGAACUAGACAAGUCAACUGUUCCAGCUGCAGAUUCAUCAGCUGCCCUCAGAUUUCCUGAUGAUUCUGAGUGGGAUGAGUUUGGUAAUGAUCUUUAUGCAAUACCUGAUGUGCUUCCAGUUCAGCCAAGUAAUCCUAUUCUAGAUGCACCUCCUACAAAUAGAGCUGAAGAGGACAGCAAGAUUAAGGCUUUGAUUGAUACCCCAGCUUUAGAUUGGCAACAUCAAGGUUCUGAUGGCUUUGGUCCUGGACGGGGUUUUGGAAGGGGUGCUGGUGGACGAAUGGGAGGACGGGGUUUUGGAUUUGAAAGGAAGACACCUCCACAGGGAUAUGUGUGUCACAGAUGCAAAAUUCCUGGACAUUUUAUUCAACACUGCCCCACAAAUGGAGAUCCAAGUUAUGACAUAAGAAGAGUGAAGCCUCCCACUGGGAUUCCGAAGUCUAUGCUAAUGGCCACUCCUGACGGCUCAUAUGCAUUGCCGAGUGGAGCUGUAGCUGUCUUGAAGCCGAAUGAGGCUGCUUUUGAGAAAGAGAUUGAAGGUCUACCUUCAACACGUUCAGUUGGUGAUUUGCCCCCUGAGCUUCACUGUCCUCUGUGUAAGGAGGUUAUGAAAGAUGCUGUCUUAACAAGCAAGUGUUGCUUUAAGAGCUUUUGUGAUAAAUGUAUUAGGGACCAUAUUAUCAAUAAAUCAGCAUGCGUUUGUGGAGCAACAAACAUACUUGCAGAUGAUCUCUUGCCAAAUAAGACACUCAGGGAUACAAUCAAUCGCAUUCUUGAGUCUGGCAAUAGUAGUGCCGAUAAUGCUGGUAGUGCCUAUCAGGUGCAAGUUGAUAAUUUAUGUUUAGAUAUGGAGUCUGCUCGAGUUGCACAACCAAAGGUUCCUUCCCCUACCUUAUCUGCUGCUUCGAAGGGAGAAAGAAACGUACAGUCAGUCAUUGAAGAGACUACAAAGACCAAGGAGGUAGAGGAGGAAAAGGUUGUUACCUCUGGACCCCAGACCUUAGUAGAGAAGGUGAAGGCCACCAAAGUAGUUGACGAAUCUGAAGCUACACAUGAGUCAAUUAGUGUGAAGGAACAAGCCUCACAAGGGAGUGCUUUAAUAGUUGAUGAAGAAGUGCAGCAGAAGAUGGCUGCCAGUGAGGCAGUAAAGAAGAAGAAGAAGAAGAAAGUUCGCCCGCCAGCAAAUGACUUCCAAUGGAAAACUUCUCAAGAUCUUGCAACGGAGAACUAUAUGAUGCCCAUGGGUGGCCCUGCGCCAUAUAAUCCAUAUUGGACAGGCAUGCAAUCUGGUUUUGAUGGAUACAUGAACAUGCCUUCAUAUGCUGCUCCAAUGCCGUAUAUGGGUGGUUAUGGGCUAGGUCCCUUGGACAUGCCCUUUGGACCUGUCAUGCCACAGGAUCCAUUUGCUAUGCAAAAUUACAUGUUUCCUGUUGCUCCGCCUCAGAGGGAUCUUGCGGACUUUGGCAUGGGUAUGAAUAUUGCACCUCCUGCAAUGAGCCGUGAGGAAUUUGAGGCUAGGAAAGCUGGUUUAAAUAUGAGGAGGAAGCAUGAAAAUGAAAGACGGGUUGAAAGCAGGGAGCGAGAGCCACCGAAAGAUCGGGAGUUUGGAAGGGAAGUGUGCACCAGUGGUGAUGGCCCUUCAAUGAAACAAAAAUCUAAGUUUGCACCACAAACUUCAACUAGUGAACACAACCCUAACCGUCGCCGACCUGAGAGCUCACCUGACGGUGCAAGGAAUGUUGGACCACCUUGUCCCCCACUCCCACGGAAAAGGAAGUCUGAGCAUCAUGAUCAUGAUAUCGACAAGGAUAACCAUAAUGAUCAUUAUGACCAUGGCCACAAUCGCCAUCGUCAGCCUUCAGAGUCCCGUGGAGCCUCUGAAGUCUCGGCUAAAUCUGCUGCCAGUGCGGCUGCAGACCGUAAACAAAAGAUGAGCGUGUUUUCUCGCAUUAGUUUCCCGGAGGAAGAGUCAAUAAAGAAACGGAAAUUGAGCUCUUCAAAGGAAGCACCACCAAAUGACUCUGGUGCUUCAGCAACACAUCACAAGUCGUCAUCAUCAAAUGGAUACUACGACGACUACAAGCCAAAGGCAGCCACCACAAUGGUGACGAGCAGUCGUGGGAGGAGUAGUGCCACUAGCGCCACCUCACUUGAUUGUGAAUCGAGUGACGACGAUAGACAUUUCAAGAGAAAGCCAUCUAGGUACGAGCCAUCACCACCUCCGCCAUCAGACUGGGAUCAGGAGGAAUCAAGACAUCCCAGAGGCUCAACAAGAGAUCGAGAACGGGAGCGAGAGCGAGAACGUAGUAGCUACAGCAAGCAUAGAUAGUAGUUCGAGGGGAUCGCUUCCAAUCAAGGCACCCAAAGAAUGCAGCGACCUCUGCCAAUGUGGGGUAGUCCCAUGGAGAUGUGCCUUGCCGCUUGGGUUCAAAGAGCCAUGCUCCGCUCAGCUCUCCUCAGUACGAGGUGAAGAAAUGCUGUCCAAAGCUCCAAAUUGAUUUGUGUAUUGGGUUUAAGUGAAAGCACAAGCAUAUAUGUGUUUGAAUGAGAUUGCCGCUGUCUUGCGGAUAAAUUCUGUAAUAGAUAGAGGCUUGUACUGUUCGAGCUGCUUCUGUAUUUGCUUGUCAUAAAUUUAAUAAUAUACGGAUGAAAAUCAUCAUUCUCUA